GGGGAGCGAGCAGCCAGCCGCAGCCGGCCGGAGGGGGUUGCAGCCGGUGGCGGACGGCGCGGAGCGGAAGCGGAGGUUAGAUAAAGGAGGCUAUAUUCUUGGUGUGGAUUGCUACCCGUGAUAAGAACAUGUCGUCCAUCUUGCCAUUCACUCCGCCAGUUGUGAAGAGACUGCUGGGAUGGAAGAAAUCUGCAGGGGGAUCUGGAGGAGCAGGGGGAGGAGAGCAGAAUGGACAGGAAGAGAAGUGGUGUGAGAAAGCAGUUAAAAGUUUGGUGAAGAAGCUAAAGAAAACGGGACGAUUAGAUGAGCUUGAGAAAGCCAUCACCACUCAAAACUGUAAUACUAAAUGCGUUACCAUACCAAGCACUUGCUCUGAAAUUUGGGGACUGAGUACACCAAAUACGAUAGAUCAGUGGGAUACAACAGGCCUUUACAACUUCUCUGAACAAACCAGGUCUCUUGACGGUCGUCUUCAGGUAUCUCAUCGAAAAGGACUGCCACAUGUUAUAUAUUGCCGACUAUGGCGCUGGCCAGAUCUUCACAGUCACCAUGAACUGAAAGCAAUUGAAAACUGCGAAUAUGCUUUUAAUCUUAAAAAGGACGAAGUAUGUGUAAACCCUUACCACUACCAGAGAGUUGAGACCCCAGUUUUGCCUCCGGUAUUGGUACCCCGGCACACUGAGAUCCUGACGGAACUGCCACCUCUGGAUGAUUAUACCCACUCUAUUCCAGAAAACACUAAUUUCCCAGCAGGAAUUGAGCCACAAAGUAAUUAUAUCCCAGAAACGCCACCUCCUGGAUAUAUCAGUGAAGAUGGAGAAACAAGUGAUCAGCAGUUGAACCAAAGUAUGGAUACAGGAUCUCCAGCAGAACUAUCUCCUACUACUCUUUCCCCUGUUAAUCAUAGUUUGGAUUUGCAGCCAGUUACUUAUUCAGAACCUGCAUUUUGGUGUUCAAUAGCAUAUUAUGAAUUAAACCAGAGGGUCGGAGAGACCUUUCAUGCAUCACAACCCUCACUCACUGUAGAUGGAUUCACAGAUCCUUCAAAUUCAGAGAGGUUUUGCUUAGGUUUACUCUCCAACGUCAAUCGAAAUGCCACAGUAGAAAUGACAAGAAGACACAUAGGAAGAGGUGUGCGCUUAUAUUACAUAGGUGGGGAAGUUUUUGCUGAGUGCCUAAGUGAUAGUGCAAUCUUUGUGCAGAGCCCCAACUGUAAUCAGAGAUAUGGCUGGCAUCCUGCAACAGUGUGUAAAAUCCCACCAGGCUGUAAUCUGAAGAUCUUCAACAACCAAGAAUUUGCUGCUCUUCUGGCUCAGUCCGUUAAUCAGGGUUUUGAAGCCGUGUAUCAGCUAACUAGAAUGUGCACCAUAAGAAUGAGUUUUGUUAAAGGCUGGGGAGCAGAAUAUCGGAGGCAGACAGUUACAAGCACUCCUUGCUGGAUUGAACUUCAUCUGAAUGGACCUCUACAAUGGUUGGACAAAGUAUUAACUCAGAUGGGAUCCCCUUCAGUGCGUUGCUCAAGCAUGUCAUAAGGCUUCGUCACCAAUCAAGUCCCAUCAAAAGACUUAAAAUGUAACAACUCUUCUGUCAUAGUAUUUGUGUGUAGUCCCCAUGGACUGUUUACGAUCCAAACAUUCAAGAAAGAAAACAGCACUUGAGGUCUCAUCAAUUUAAAGCACCUUGUGGAAUCAGUUUCCUAUAUUUGAAUCUUAGAUGGGAAAUUUAGUGUCUAGAAAUUCCCUCCCAUAAAGGAAGAAAAGAAGAAAUUAAAGACUGACUGAUGUCUUGUUGGGCAUAAAACAGAGUGUCCCAAAGGUUUAUUAAUAACAGUAGUAGUAAUGUGUACAGGUAAUGUAUCAUGAUACAGUAUCACAGUAUUGUGCUGUUUGUAUACAUUUUUAGUUUGCAUAAAUUAGGUAUGUGUGUGUGUGCUGCUUCUUGAUUUAGGCAAGCCUUUAUAGUUACAGUACCUAAUCUGUUAUUCCCACUUCUCCGUUAUUUUUGUGUGUCUUUUUUAAUAUAUAAUAUAUAUCAAGAUUUUCAAAUUAUCAUUUAGAAGCAGAUUUCCCAUGUAGAAAAAUUAAUUUUUUGCCAUUUACCAAAAAUAAACUCUUGGGGGUAAGAAAA